AUGGUUCAACAGGAAACCAAACUAGCGGCGAGGGUCGAUGAUAAGGAGAAGAAGCCGGGAGAAACGGUUGCAGCCAAGAAGAAGGAUGCCAAAGAGGAAAAAAAUGAAAUGGUACUGUUUUUAAAGUUUUUAUGAUAUUGUUUUAUGUUUUUAGACAGAAGAGGACAAAAAAUUGCAAGAGGACUUGAAUAUGUUGGUGGAGAGACUGUCUGAAGCCAACCAAGACUUAUAUCAAGGUGCUUUGGAGAGCAUGAGGUCAUUGAUCAGAGCUGCAACUACCUCUAUGACUUCGGUACCAAAACCAUUGAAGUUCAUGUUGCCUCAUUAUAAUAAAAUGAAGGAGAACUACGAGAAAAUGAGAGACUCACCAGCUAAAGUUAGUUUUUGAAGUUAAAGAUUUUAGGUAUUAAAAUUUUGAAGGGAAAGAGAGCUUUUGCUUUAUUUUAUUCCAAACUUUGAAAGAGACGAUGUUAGCGCGUUUUAAACUUUUUACUAAACGUCGGAUUAUAUUAACUAUCUUUUUAAAAUAAAUAUUUUUUGCAGAAGCUAUGCGCAGACAUAAUCUCUGUGUUGGCCAUGUGCUCAGAAGACAAGAAUGGAUGUAUCAACUACAGAUUGAAGGGAGCUUUUGAGCCUAUUGGAGAUUGGGGACACGAAUAUGUUAGACAUUUGUCAAUGGAAAUGGCCGAAGAAUGGAGAAAUUACUCUGACGGCACAACGAAGAGCCAAGAACGACGAGGAGAGUUACUGACACUUGUCAAGGAGAUUGUCGCUCAUAAUAUGAAGCACAAUGCUGAGGUUGAAGCUUGUGAUUUGUUGGUUGAGAUCGAAAGGUUGGAUCUGCUACUUGACUUUGUAGAAGGUGAAGAUUACAAUCGUGUCUGUUUGUAUUUGUUGAGGUAAGUGUAUUUUUGUUUUUUUUGGAUUUAGGUAGUACUUUUGGAGAAUUUUAAAAAGUUAUUGGGGUAAAAAUUAUUAAUAAAUAUCAGUAUUGUGUUAUGUUAAAUGUUUUAGGUAUACUGCUUGUUUCUUGAAAGGUUCUUGCCGAAAUUUUUAGUUUGAGAAAAGGAUUUUAAUUGUUCUAUACUAAAUAUUACCUAAAAUCUUUCAGCUGCGCUCCACUAACUCCAGAUCCAGACAAUCAAAUUUUGAUCAAGACUGCGAAGGAUUUGUUCUUGAAGUUCAACAAGCCUUUUUGA